AUGGCCAGGCACCCGACGGAAACCAAAAACCAGUCGCUCGUCACCGGCUUCUCCCCUCCUCUCCUCAUGACUGUUAUGUCGCGGCGUGCCACACAUCCAUAUUGCGAUUCAAUAGAUUCAAUAGCUCAAAAAAACAUGCUCACCGUGCGGGGUGAAAGAGUGGAUGAAGACGAUGAUCUCCCGUCUAUUGGUAACCCCCACGACUUGUGGGUCGUGCCCAAAAAAAUUCUAGAUUUCAAGGAGGAUAUCAAUAAAAUGAGGUCAACCACGUGA